CAACCAACUCUUCUUCAAAAGUCAAAAUAACAGUAAUCUCUUCACCUGGGACACACGGCAGACGAUCACUUUAAUCAGACAUGAAGAUACUCGUCACCGGCGCCUCCGGUUACUUAGGCGGAAGAUUAUGCCACGCGCUACUGAAGCAAGGCCACUCCGUCCGCGCCCUCGUCCGCCCCACCAGCGACCUCUCCUCCCUUCCUCCACCGUCAUCCACCGGUAACGCUUCCCUCGAGCUUGUCUACGGCGACGUCACUGACUACGAAUCCCUCCUCUCCGCCUUCUCCAACUGCGACGUCGUUUUCCACGCCGCCGCCGUCGUGGAGCCCUGGCUUCCCGACCCCUCCAAAUUCUUCUCCGUCAACGUCGGGGGAAUGAAGAACGUGCUGCGAGCGGUCCGGGAGACGAAGACCGUACAGAAAAUCAUCUACACGUCGUCGUUUUUCGCGCUCGGAUCAACCGACGGCGGCGUCGCUGACGAGACGCAGGUCCAUCACGAGAAGUUCUUCUGCACGGAGUACGAGAGAUCGAAAGCCGCCGCCGAUAAAAUUGCGCUGCGAGCCGCGCAGCAAGAGGAGCUGCCGUUGGUGCUGCUUUAUCCCGGAGUCAUCUACGGCCCCGGAAAACUCACAGCCGGCAACGUCGUCGCUCGGUUGAUCGUCGAGCGGUUCAACGGCCGGUUGCCGGGGUACAUUGGCUCCGGGAACGACAGGUAUUCGUUUAGCCAUGUGGACGACGUCGUAGAGGGCCAUAUCAGAGCAAUGGCAAAAGGUCGAACAGGUGAGAGGUAUCUGCUGACAGGCGAAAACGCAUCGUUUAAGCACGUUUUCGAUGUGGCGGCCGUGAUCACACAAACCGGUAGGCCGAAAUUUGGGAUCCCAUUGUGGCUGAUCGAGGUGUACGGAUGGGCGUCUGUUCUUUUCUCUCGGGUUACAGGGAAGCUUCCCCUGAUUAGUCCUCCGACUGUUUAUGUUCUGAGGCAUCAGUGGGCGUAUUCGUGCGAGAAGGCGAAGGCCGAGCUGGGUUACAGUCCUAGGGGAUUGAAAGAAGGAUUGGGGGAGGUGUUGCCAUGGCUCAAUAGCUUGGGUUUGAUCAAAUACUAAUCCUAUAAACUUUAUGUUGUUAACUAGUGAAAUUUUCCGGUAGAACAGAAUGUGGUGCUAUGCAACAAUGUGUUGAUAUCAAGUUGGUGUUUUUGAUUUGUGUGUUAACUUUUCUUCUAAUCCAUACACAAGCAGAAAUGGUGAACCUUA